GAAUUGUCUGUUUCCGCCAGCCGUUAUUGUCCUCAAAAUAGGGGUCACAAUGUACUUUCAUCCCAGUUUCAAUGAUUCAUUCACCAAUUCUUCCAUCAUAAGGUGUAAACUGGUUAAAGUGUAUGUAUAAUUUCUGAAACUGAUUGACAGGAGUCCAUCCGUUAUGGGGAUACUGGUGGCAGAUCGUUAUUUCUUUGGGGAGAUUGGAGCACUGGAUCCUGGCAUGAAAAUCUAUGGUGGAGAAAAUGUUGAAUUCGGGAUCAGAGUGUGGCUGUGUGGUGGUAGCAUUGAGGUGAUUCCCUGUUCCAAGAUUGCACACUUGGAGAGAGCACACAAACCUUACAUGCCAGAGUUGAAAUACGUAAUGCAGAGAAACGCUCUCCGGGUGGCUGAGGUGUGGAUGGACGAGUACAAGCACAAUGUCAACAUCGCCUGGAAUCUCCCUCUCAAGGACCAUGGCAUAGAUAUUGGUGAUGUGUCUGAAAGAAAAAAGCUGAGGGAGAAACUGAAGUGUAAGCCUUUCCAGUGGUACCUCGACAAUGUCUAUACCAACUUAGAGCCGAACAUUCUUGAACUGAACAUUCUUGGCUAUGGAAUUUUGCAGAAUGACAUCAACACAAAUGCAUGUGUGGAUCAAGGCGACGUGCCAGGACACACUCCCAUCUUAUAUGGCUGUCAUGGUUACACCUCUCAGGUAUUGGCCAGCUCAGCAUAUAUUUUCAAUAUGUUAACAGAUGCACUGAAGAGACUUCUUCAAACAACAUCUCAAAUAUCUCUUGUUACAGGCUUGUUACUAUAGCUCUAGUGGUGAGAUAUAUAUUGGAGAAAUCCAUUUCCACAAGGACCAAACCAACCGCUGUCUAGUGGACCUGGGCUCAGGAGAACUUCCACAGCUACAUGAUUGCGAUAAGGCCAACCAAAUGGGUCUUACUGUGUACUGGGACUUCAAACAGGUGAGGCUCU